UUGAGAUCGUGGAUAACCUGGAAAUCUCUACUAUGAAAUCGUAAACAGAAAGCGCUAUCAUAUUUCUAUAAUAUAAUAUGAUAGCUCAAUAUGGGCGAGAGGUACUUCGCGUGGGAUGAAAUUUCAGAAGGAUUAAUUCUAUCAAGUGCGGCAAAGGCGGAGGAUGAACAAGCCAAGCGACGAAAGAAACGAACCGCUGCCGUCCAAAAGUCGGAAAUUUAUUGUCCGCACGCGUAUCUAAUUUUGUGCUAUCGGGAAACGUUGAAUGACAGCGAAAAGAUCAAAUUUCGGAAGCAUUAUCUGAGAAAAGUAACGCCAGACGAGCCGGACAUCAUAAUCCUGCAGGACAUCAAGGACCUCGUGCUCUUCCUCCUCGUAACGUCCGUCAGUCCGCAGUUCAUAAAUUUUUUCCACUUGUCGGUCGUGGAUCGAUUUUUGAGGGCACUGAUCAUUUACUUCCAACGCUACGUGGAGAUAUGGGAAGAUCUGGUGCAGGAGCGGGCGGCCACCAUGAAGAAGGCGCCAAAUCCACUGGCGCGCGGACACAGGUCCCGAUACGCCGAUGAGAUGCAUGCCCUGCGCUGCGUCCUGGGUAGGGAGUACGUGGACUUGUUGCUGGGCUGCCGGGACGGGCCCCGGUAUCAUCACAUGAUGACCGGCGAGAGACGUGCAGCCACGCAAUCGCAGGGAGAGAAGGACCUGCGGAUCUACGAGGCAUUGAUAAGCGUGGCCCAUCGGGUCGUGUGGAUAGCGUUGCAGCGGAAACAUUACACCCUAAUCGAGUUGGAGCUGCACAGGCUGCUCCGAACCGAGGCGUACAACACAGCGCAAAGACAAAGCGGCAGUCGACUUAUUCAGGAUAUGCUGGAGGAUGAUAUCCGUAUAUUACAUGGUCUCGAGACGACGUUGAAAAGCCGAAAAUUACUGAGAAACUCCCCCUUGCCUCGCGAGCUGAUGUACGCGGAUUGCGACUAUCGUCUUCUGUCGUUAGGGGUGGUCGAUAUCGACCUACAUCAUCCGAAAAUCGCUUAUCUAAGAAACGCUCUUCUCGUCGACGAGGAGAUGCUGUCUCAGUUGAAGAUUAAAGUAGGCAUCCUGGGUCAUAAUCGUUCGGAUUACGACAUAAUGUUAAUGCCGUACGAACCGGAGGAACCGACGGAACCAACGGAGAUUGGUUUACUCGACAAAAAAUCGUUGGAGACGAGAAAGAGUAUCUUUGUACCUAAAAUCUUGGAACAAAUUGAGGAGAUCGAAAGCUUGCCUGAGGAAGUGAUGGAGGAAUUCCCAGUGAGAGAGAUUCAAGAAUUGAACGAAAGAUACGACAAGAUUCGAGAAAAAGCCCGGAUAAAAUGGAUUCUUCGAGAAAUAAAACGACGUGAACGCAAAGCUGUUGACACCUACUCUAUAGCGACAACUUUAGAUUGAAUGCCCAAGGAAUUUCACAAGAAAUUAAAAUGAUAUUUAUGUAUUAAUACGGAUAAAUUCUAAAUUCUCUCUCGAAUAUCGAUGAAGAAUGAAUUAACGAAUAUAAUAUUUUUGGUUCUUACUUAUCUAUCGAUAUAAAAAUAAAAUACACAAAUCCAGUUGUGUUUCGUCUAGCCGACAUUAUCAUUAGGAUAUGAAUAAGGA